AUGCACUGUGUGAGCACAGGAGGUUCCGACCUGGUGAACUCCUACGGCGAACUUCAAGAGGACAAUCACUGGAAGAAAGAGAGCUACCACAGCUGCUGGCUGAGCCUGGUCCUCCAGACAAGGCCUCAGUACAAGCUGACGCUGUCAGAGACCGACAGCAUCCGCAGAGAGAGUUACAAGCAGCAGCAGGCGGUGCACUUCCUGGUGGAGACGGGCCCGGGUCAGAAGAUGGUCCUGGGGGUCAGUGGCGGAGCCAUGACGACGCAUCGGAGCUCCCUCUUCCACGCUGACCCUCAGCAUGCCACAGCUCGCACCGCAGAUCCCUUCACUCCAAGGAAAGAGGAAAGUGAUGCAGACCAACAGGAAGUUCCCGCCGUAACUCAGGACGUCAUCAAGCCAGUCAGAGUGAACUUCAGAGCCUCAAGUCUGAUGUCCUCUCCAAGAGAAAUCUGUCAUCGGGGGCAGAGGAGGGAGUGA